AUGAGUUUUUUCGUCUUACAGGUACCUUUCCAAAGUUUCAUUUUUUUCCUUUGACCUAAGAAUUCAGAUGAUUCUGAUGUUCAUUCUUAAUGCGUACCUAGCGGUAGGCUGUAAGAGCCACUCGGGAGAUAAGAAGAAUAAAAAUAUUCGCUCCAGUGUAUGUCCUUUUUUUGUUUGGUUUAAAACUUGUUUCAAAUUUUCAAGAUGUCCAAGGAGACGAUCAAGUCGGAUAGCCGCAAGAAGGUUUUUUUCCUUCUAAUUUUGUCAUUUCAGUCAUUUUUUGAGGGUGAUAAACAAACGAAAAACAAGCUAAAUUCAAAAGAAACUGUUGCCAAGAAAGCGGAUGACAAGAAAUCUCCAAAAUCUCCAAAAGAAGACGAAAUGAAUGAAGACGGGCAUGAAGCUCUCUCUGUUGGGGUGGGUUUUUUUUUCGGGAUUUAAUACAUUUUCAUCUAAUAUUAGGUUUUUUUCUAACGUUAGUAAGGGUUAUAUUACUCGGAAAACCCUCAAGUGGUCUCUUGAAAAGUUCUAGGAGCUAUUAACGAUUUCAUUCCAAAAACCCUCACGUGAUCUCUCAAAGGUUUAUGGGGUUUCAACAGUUUCACUCUGAAGACCCUUAAGUGGUCUCUUGAAAGCUCUAGGAUUUUUUGACGAUUUCUUAACUGUUGCAUUCGGAAGACCCUCAAAUGGUCUCUUAAAAGUUAUAGGGGUUUCCACGAUUCCGUAACGAUUUCUCUCGGAAAACCCUCAAGUUGUCACUUAAGUGGUUCCUUCUUCCAACUGAACUCUUGCACACGUAAACGGUCUCGUAUCACCUUUUAAGUAGCCACUUUCUAAGCUUCUUUGUGCUUCUCUUGGAUCAUUUAAGUAGCCACUUAGCUUUGUUCAACAGGCUCAAAAUCACUGAAAAUCUUUUCAUACAAGUUCCGACAAAUAUGUUCCCAAACUCUCCCUACAUCUAUUUCGUGAAAUUCAGUACUUGUGUGUGAGAAAUAAAAAAUUUUGAAAAAAAAAGUCAAUAAAAUAAAAAAAUAAAAAAAUAAAAAAAUAAAAUAUUUAGUUUCCGUUUAUCACUCAGAUCAUUUUGAAUUUCGAUUUUUCUGUGCUUCUGCUUUUUAAUGUCCUAGAAGAUAAUCACAAUCAAAAAAGAGUUUUUGACCUGAAAAUUUCCUUUUCCAGCCAUCCAUCAACACACUAUUCAACCAGGGGGUGGCAAGCGUCACCGAAAGGGUCAUAUGA